AUGGUGCAAACAAGUCCUAGCCCAUUUGAUGUGGGUCGUGCAUUCGUUCAUCAAUACUAUACACUAUUACAUCAAGCUCCUGAAUUACUUCAUCGAUUUUAUUCAACGGAUAGUACAUUUAUUCAUGGUGGUGUCGAUCGUCCAGGUUCUAUUGAACGCACGGCUACUGGUCCGGAGGCUAUUGCUCGACGAAUUAAUGAACUCAAUCUACGAGAUUGUCAUGCAAAAAUUCGUCAAGUUGAUUCACAUCCAACUAUUGGCAAUGGUGUUGUCGUUCAAGUUACUGGGGAACUGUCUAAUAAUGGUGAUGCAAUGCGUCGUUUCAUGCAAACAUUCGUAUUGGCACCACGACAACCAAAAAAAUUCUACGUACAAAAUGAUAUAUUUCGAUAUCAAGAUGAAGUUUUUGAGGAUGUUUCUGAUGAAGAUGAUCGUUCAAGUUCACAAAAUUAUGGUGAUACGGAUAAGGUUUCCAAUGCCGAUUCAUCAGCUGCAAAUAUCCAACAACCAUUAUUCGUUGCAGCUAGCACACGAGAUGUACCAGAAGAAGUACCACCAUCACUACCAGUAGUAGUACAACAACAUCAACCUUUGCCACCUCGUGUUGCUAACAAUCAACCACAGGUUAUUGCAAAUCAAAUAGUUCAACAACAAGAAACAUCAUUAAAUAGUACUAAUGAAACAACAGGAUAUAAUCGACAGCAAGAAAUUGUUCAAGAAAAUCAACAACAAACGAAACCAGUAUCAACCGAAGGAGCCUCCUAUGCUGGUGUAGCUAAGUUGAAUGCACCAACAGGUUCAACAUUGAUUGUAAGUUCAACUGGUUCGCUUUCCAUGCCAGCACCACAAGCAACAAGUGUCAAUCGUUCAGCUGCUGUUAAAUCAGCUCCAGCUCGAGCAAAUAAUCAACAACGUGGUAAUGGUAAUUAUUAUUCACAAAAUAAUCGUAGUAAUCAAUGGAAUACAAACAAUCAACAAGAUCCAAGUCCAGGUCGUCGUCCAGGGGGUAAUAUGACCAAUGUUCCUAACGAAUUACAAGUCUUCGUUGGAUCAUUACCUGCCGACUUUUCACGCGAAGAUUUAAUUCAUUGUUUUUCACAAUUUGGUAACGUUUCCGAUGCUAAAAUUCAAACACCAAUGCACGAUAAGAAAAAGAGUAGUUUUGGCUUUGUUAGUUUUGACGAUCCAGAGAUUGUCACACACGUUGUUGAUUUACAACAUGUUACGUAUAAUAAUAUUCGUUUAAAUGUCGAACCCAAAACACAAAAAAGUUAUCAAGGAAAUGCUAACAAUGGACCACAAGGUAAUCCAAGAAAUAAUAAUUUUUCAGGACGAGGCGGUAAUCGUGGUGGAAAUCGUGGAGGAUAUCGUGGUAAUGCCAACAAUCCACGACGUGGUGGUGGUAGUGGUCAACAUCCUAUUAACUCACCAUCAAUGACAGGACACGAUGAGAACGUUAAAGCUCCAAAACAACAACAACAACAACAACAACAACAACAGCAGCAGUAA